CAUUGGAACCACAAGCAGCCCACAAAAAGCAUCCACGCCGCUCCCGAGUCACAACACAAUAGUCGCGGGGAGACACGGAAGCGCGGACGACUCGAGAAGGAGAUCAACUUUAAAAACAAAUAAGAGCCACUUCGGAACGCACCGGGAGCCGCUGCCGCUGCCGCUGCUGGACUCCGACUCCUCGCACCUGAUUCCCGAAGGGGGAUACAGCUCCGCGCACGUCGGCCCCCCUCUCACCCAUGCCGGAGUGACUCGCAGUGCUAUGACCGGGAAAGUGGCGGACAAGCUCCCUCUUACCAUGAGCAGUCUAAUCAACAGCAUCCCCGACAGCCUGUACCCAGAAGAGGACGUCCCCACGUCGAUGAACAUUUUCACCAGCACGGAAUCUAUUAACCACUACUCGCAGAUGAACACGGAAAAUAUCAUGGAUAUAGGCAUGGGAAGCGAGAAAGCCGGUGCGGAGAUUCAGUACGGGUCCAGCUUCCAGUCCAACCGGAGCGGGCAGACGGUCACCUAUCUGGGCAAAUUUGCUUUCGACACGCCGCCUUCGGGUGGCAUCGGCGGCUCCGGCUGGUGUUCCGACAACAACAUCAUCAGCCUCGUCAGCGCGGGGAUCCUCGGCGUCUCUCCGUCGCCCGGCACGGUAAGCACCCAGACGCCGUCCUCGGCGGCCAGCAUGGGAGGACAGAACUCCGACAUGGAGCAGGUUUAUGGCCCGCCGCUGCCCGCCUACUCCACCUGCGGUGACCUAUACCAGGACCAGGUGUCCUUCCACCACAGUCCUGCUACCAGCACGGCUCUGGCUUACCCCGCCAAUGACUACCACUCCACGUCCAAAGCCUCCAUGGAUGGCAGCCUUUUUUCCAUGAUCCCCGACUACAACCUCUUCCAUCACCAGGGGGAAGUUAGUGUGAUGGAGCACAAGCCCUUUCAGACUAUGGACCCCAUCCGGGUCAACCCUCCGCCCAUCACUCCCCUGGAAACGAUCCGAGCGUUCAAAGACAAGCAGCAGAUCCACCCGGGUUUCAUCGGUGGGCAGCAGCACGGUGCCCCUCACCACCCUCCUCCACAGACUCUUACGCUCAAACCCAUCCGACCGCGGAAGUAUCCCAACCGCCCCAGCAAAACGCCUGUCCACGAACGUCCGCACGCCUGUCCGGCGGAGAACUGCGACCGCCGCUUCUCACGCUCAGACGAGCUAACGCGGCACCUGCGCAUUCACACGGGCCACAAGCCCUUCCAGUGCCGGAUAUGCAUGCGCUCCUUCAGCCGCAGCGACCACCUCACCACGCACAUCCGCACGCACACCGGCGAAAAGCCCUUCUCUUGCGAGUUCUGCGGGCGCAAGUUCGCCAGGAGCGACGAGCGAAAGAGACAUGCUAAGGUUCACCUGAAACAGAAGGACAAGAAACCGUCCGACAAAGGCAACGGAGUGCUCGGCAGCCACAGUUCUCCACCGAGCUCGUGCGGGGGGCCCACCAUGGGGCCCUCGUGACCAUCACUACCUGCACUCGAACUGGAAUCUGCCCUUUACACAGACUCAGUACAAUGGGGCCACAUCCAUUAUUAGAAAAGCAAAAGGGGAUUCUUCCUCUUGUUCACAUCCUCUCCCCGUGCCGGCUUUUUCGAGAUGGAUGCCGUUGGUUGAAGUAAGAGGGGAGAGGCUGCAGUGCCAACGGAAGAGAAACUUAGUACAUUCCGUCCCACCGUGCGUCUACGCUGGCUUUGCUCUGGUUCCACUUUUGUACAUUUCUUAACUGAGAGCAAACCAGACUCUAUCACAACUAUUAAAAUAGACAAAGUAAAUAAUAAGAGAGGAGCAAAUUGAAAGGGUGAGUUGUCUGGGAUGUAUGCAUUCAUUUUAUUAGGCUGUUGAAAAGUGCAAUUGGUUGUGUUUGUGUACUGUCAUGGACACCGUAUUAGUGGCACUUGUCUUUUUUGUUAUG